CCGCGUCUUUCACGCACGGUCUAUGGAUCCACGCACGGUCUAUGGAUCCACGCCGUAUUUUUCUCCACUCUUUCCCGCACGUCACACUCCCCCCCCUGCCCCUUAGCAACAGAGGCAACAUGGCGGCGUCCAGUAACGCGGAGCAUUCUCCAGAGAUAUCGACGCCGUUGAAGAUUCCGAAAACCGAGGUGCCAUCCCCCGAGUCGGAGGAUCUGAGUGACAGUAAUCAGUACCACUCCAACCCCCCGACGCCGAACCGCUUCUCGCCUCUGAACGUGGGCUCGGGGGCCGCGGGCCGGACGGCGGCCUCAUCCUCCAACAGCUUCACCGCUUGCCGCGGGAUGUCGUGGACCCCGUCCGAGACGAACGCCCUCAUCGCGGUGUGGGGCAACGAGCGGCUGACGGAGGCGCGGAUGCAGCAGCUGGAGGUGGCGGGCACCGUGUUCUCCGGCAAGGCCCCCGGUCCUGCCAUGUACGAGCGGGUGUCCAGAGCCCUGUCGGAGCUGGGAUACGAGAGGACCCCCUCCCAGUGCAGGGAGAGGAUGAAGCCUGAAGUCACUGACUUAUCCUCCCAUCACAAACAGACACUCCGCCGCUGCUACAGCCGUGUGAAGGAACAUGGCAUCGGUAAAAGGAAGAGCAGCUACACAAUUGAGCAGCUGGAGAAAGUGUUUGGUCAGGGAGGCUGGGACUCCCAGAGCUGUGCUCCGGUGCUGAUCAACAGCAGUGGCCUCUAUCAGGAGAUGGAGUCUGAUGGCAGCACCCUGGAAGACUUCUCCCAGGAGGACUGGUGCAACCAGGUGCUGGACUCAGCUUUCCAGGAGGGAGACAUGGAGACUGAAGAAAUCCAGGUGCCUAAAAACAGAGCUCUGCAGAUUCAAGCCGAGCUGUCAGAGCAAACCCAAAAAAGGGGCAUGAUGCAGACUGUGAUGCGCAUCCUUGAGUCAGUGGAGCUGAAAUGGGAGCACUUCCAAACGUGGACUGAGUUCUCAAGGCUGCACCUCUCCAACAAACUGGCCAUCUUUGGCGUGGGCUACAACACGCGCUGGCGUGAGGAUGUGCGCUACCACUAUGCUGAAAUCAGCUCGCAAGUGCCGCUGGGCAAGAGGCUUCGCGAAUACUUCAACCCGGAAAAGCCUGAGGGCCGUAUCAUCAUGACCAAAGUUCAAAAGAUGAACUGGAAGAAUGUCUACUAUAAGUUUCUGGACAUCACCAUCAGCGAGGCGCGCUGCCUGGAGCUGCACAUGGAGGUGGACUGGAUCCCUGUGUCCCAGUCCAGGGCAGCAGGCGGCAGCAAAUGCACAUGCCACUACCUCCUUCCUGGGGACAUCCCUAAGUCAUACGGACUCUACGCCAUCGGCUAUGAGGCAGUGUCUUCCUCCGGCGACACCGGUCAGACCUCUCCCCAGGGUGCCAGCGAAGACCAUAGCUUACCUCAGUGCGAUUCAGAAAACUGGGCUCCGAGUCAGGCUGAUGGAGAAGGAGCAGGGCAGGGUGACAGGACUGGGGCUAAAGUCACUUACUGCUACUUGGGCAUAGCUGAGGAUAGGACCAUACAGCAGUGUCUCUUCCAGCACUUUCAGGGUUCUGGCAAACACCACGUCCACGGUGAACCCUCUGCCAUGACGCAUUUCCUGCAGGAGAACUGCCGCGGCGGUGUCACAUGUUGGGAUGCUGCCGAGGGAGGCGACGACUCGUCUCAGCGUUUUUUUAUUUACAUAAAAUUCAUUGAGGUGGAGCUGGACUUCCUCUCAGCAGGGUCCCUGGUGGAGUGCCUCGAAACCGCUGUGGGUUAUCCCUUGAAAUACAACAACAGAGAAUCAUCAUAACUACACACCACAACAGCGUUUAUGACUUGUACUCACUGAAUAUUUAUUUAACAAGUAUUACGGCCAGCAAAGAAACAUGAAAGGUGACCAACUCUGUUACACAGCAUGGAUGUGUGCAGGAUUCUGGCAUAUUUUUGCAGUUUCUUUUAAACUGACUUUUCGUAUUAAUUCUAAAAAGAAUGACACAAUAUGUCAGAUAUAUUGUGUAGAAACACGGGAACAGUAGGUUAACUAUUGAAGUAUGUACUUAUUAUUUUUUUGCUUACGUGCACUACAAAUGUUUCUGCUGCUUGUUGAGUGUCAAUGAACAUUGCUUCAUCAGGGAGCGGGGGGUUGGCAAGGUGACUAGUGCAGUAUGCAUCUGUCUACCUCAGUAGGAUGUAGCAAACGAGGCAGCAAGGGGACCAUAGCGUGGAUAUAUUCUUCAACUGCCUUUACUUUGACUGUUGAAAUCUGGACCUGAAUUCACAAAGCAUCUAAGAAUAAUGGUUUAUUUACGUAUUAUGUUUUUUUGCAAGUGUAACUGGGUUGCAGCUGGAAGAUGCUUCUAUGCAAAUUAGGGACAAAAGGUAACAAAAUGUAUUGGCCAGUGUGAAUAUGUUCAAAGAUGAGAUUUAAAUCACAGCGUCUUAACCACUUCCUGCUGUUUGAAUGUCAGCUGGCCUCAUUGGCCCCCUGCACUUCAUUUAAUCCUGUUUCCUGCCCUCAACCACAUGUAAAAAAACAAGUCACGGCAGAAUGACCACAUUUAAGCUGUCUAUUUUUAUGUGUCUUACCAACGCUGUUGCAUGAUCUUCCAAUGAUCUAAUGCACAUUCAGAUACUUGAAUAUGUUUGUAGUUUGCAGAGUUUUGCUCCAGCACAAGCAAAAUCUGUUGUACACACUGACUUUGCUUAAUAUGAUCAAACACUGCCUCAUCAGAAAGGACAUCAUUAAUCGCUUCUCAUGGUUGUGGUUUUAGCCGAUAUCAGAGAUCACUCAUAACACACUGGAUCAAAAAUAUACCAUUAGCCAAUAUGUAUUGGGAGCCAUUACUCUGGAGCAUCUCUAGCUGCACUCAUGGAUUUGCCUGUCAGUAUAAAGCUCGGUUACGAAAGUUACCAGCACCUCUCAGAUACUGGUGUUUCAAAUACACCAUUGUUACAGAAAAUACAGAAUGUGCAGGUGUUUUGUGAUAAUCUGCUUGUGUGCAGGUGUGAAUCAACUCAUGACUUCAGGUCAGGUUCAGACUAUAAGCUGCAGAGGUUAACUCACAUUUAACCAAUAAUCAAACUGAGUUCUUUAUGAACAUGAUUCCAGAGAUUAUGUGCAAUGUGCCAGGAGAGACUGUGGAGAAGAAUCAAACGAUGGAGAAGUCCACGAUGAAUCGAUGUAUAUAAAAUCUACCUUAUAUAUCUAAAAUAUAUAUAUUUAAGAUUAUCAAUGUUCUUGAGCAUUCCGGCUUUUGCAAACUUGUUCAUUUGUUUGGGUAUACAGCAUAUUAAGAUGAAUAUAAUAUUUUCUAAUUUAUUGGUUGACACAAUGUCUUGUAUGUGAUUGUUUUGAAGUCACCGUCUUGUAUGUUUACAUGUUUAAAAAACAAUAAAUGGGGCACUCACUGAUAUUUGCCACACAG